UCACCCAAGGGUUAAAUUUGCCCAGCACAGAGGUGAAGCAAAGCAUCCUAUCACUGGUAUCCAUGGUGCUGAGAAGAGCCCUGAGGAACACUGAGCACUGUUUGUGUGAAGAAACCUGGCAAAGGUCACAAAUCUACACACUGCCGGCAAUGCAGGAGUUUGUGCAGCUCUACAGAGAAGCUGUCAGCAAGGUUUUACCAGACAUGACUAGUGUAGUGGCUGUCUGGCAGUCCCUUCUGAAACAAGAGAGAAAACACAACGGCAGCCCAGCAGAGAAGAGGGAAGGUGAUGUCUCCACUGUGAAGGCAGUGACCGAGACAGAAGUUGCUGAACAGCAUGGUUCCGAUGAUGCUGAGACGCUGCUUCUGAAAGCUGCACUGCUUCAGGUCAUGUGUCUUUAUCAGAAGGUUGUGCCCCACAUGGUAGCACAGAGCAACUUUGAUUUUAGCAAGCUGAUAAAAGGUAUAGUCACUGAAAAGGGCCUGCGGGAGGAGGUCCCUCCUCUUCUGCAGCACCAUAUCCUGAAAGUGGCUUUGGAACUUCCCGCAAAUAAAUUUGCGUGGUUCAAAGUACAGGACAUCUCUGAGACAGAGAAGAUAUCUGGUGAAAAAUCAGUCUUCUAUUUACUGAUGAAAAUGUUUGUUACAAGUACCCAUUCCCAUCUGAAAAUUUCCACCAAAAAGUUAAUCAUCAAGGUUUUGCGUGACAGUGGAGUGUUUGAGUACACAUGGAAGGAACUUUCAAUUUGGCUGGAACACUUGGAUAAUACAAAAGAAGACCAGAAGGAAGCAGUGAUUCAGUUUUUGGAAAGGAUCCUGCUGAAGCUGGUGACAAAGCCCUAUCCCUACACAGACAAGGCAGCAGAUGUGGUUCAGGAAGCCAGCAUGCUCCAGGUUGCUAUGUUUAAACAGGACUCUGAUAACAUCAGCAUCCCUGUCUCUCACAUUGAUGAUGUCCUGGAUAUGGUGGAUGUUCUGAUCGAGGGCAGUGAUGGCUUCGAUGAAGAAAUUGGGUUCUCUUUAAAUGAAGACAUGAUUAUCCAAACAUUUCCUUUCAGUGCUGUUGUCCCUGCUGCAUUAGAAGCCAGGAAUACAAUGUUGCUUCAGUCUGAACAUGGAACAGGAGCACACAUUGUGGAGUACCUUGUUGCUGUUUUCACUGACCUCCUGCACUCUCAGAGAGAACCCCUUGCUCUCUGCUUCAUGUUCCAGCUCUAUGAGAAAGGUCUCAAGUCCCUGAAAGUUGCUAAAUGUCCUCAGCUCUACCAGUUUAACAGAUACCAUAAACUCUGGAUACCCAAGCGAUCCCAGGAACCUGUGUUUAAAAAGCACAAGGAGGUAAGCGAAGAACCUACUGUGGCACUGGAUUCUGAAUUUACCAUUUUGCUAAAGACAGCCUAUGAGAGAGGAAGCAAUACCUUACUGGAGGAUGGUGUUCAGGCAAAAUUGAGAGACCUGGCUUCCUGGCUCCCACCUGAUCAGCUUUUGUUGGGAGUAAAGCACGUGCUGUUAUACCUGAAAUCCACAGUGGAGAACUUCAGCAGU